GUUUAGCAUCCACGGAAAAAAUGUAAAACAUUAACCAUCUCGCAGAGAAUAUUAAAUGCAUAAGUGCGUGCAACCUCGCCAACCUCGUCCAGUGUCCAGCGAGUAAGUGUUAGAAAGUGAAAACCCAUUGCAAAUAACCCAUUGGCAUCCACAUGACUCCCAGUGAUGAGCAAUAGUGAUGGUGAAACGACACUUUUCGCGUCUCGGUGUGCCACUGUGGUGCGUUCUGGUGGCGUUGGUGACAUAUCUACAGCGAUACCACCAGCUGCCAGGCUUCGUUAUCGCUGGCGAUACAAACGAGCAAUGGAUGAACAGUAGCAGCAGCAACAGCAGCAGCAGUGGGGGCAGUGAUAUGGACAGCGGCCAGUCCUUCGCCACUCAAACGGAGCCUGCGCACGAAAGCACAACCCAGCACAACAGCUUUAUCGAAAUCUCUCCAAAGUGUAAAUCGACCAGCAUUACGAUCGUCGAGCGUGGUCCAAACGGGGAGCUGGCUAUUGAAUGGUUAGGAGAGCCGGACUGGACUGUGAAGCAUUUCUACAACAUAACCUGGGUUGACCAGACGGUGGGUCGAACGGUUAGCAAGAGUGGUGGCAUCUACAAGCUGACCACUUUCGCGUUACCCACGCGGAAUCAGUGUGAGAUCGUUGAGUUAUCUGUAUGCCGUGGCGAUUGGAGAAGAUCACAGCCAUGUGUUUGUGGUGUUUGGGUGCCUCAAGUCGAUGCCCUCAGUGCCGUGACCGUUCUUAAAGUGCUCGAUGGUGGAUACGUGAUUUCUUGGCAGGCGAGUAAGUGUGUGAAGCAGUAUCAGCUACGCCCCGGGGACCUCACGUUCCGGUCAACAAAUCCUGUGGCAGUCGAGGUGUUGAAUGUUCGCGAUUGCCAGUGGAAUCGAUUUGUGGUAGAAACAGUUAUGCAAAAUGGUGCAAUCGGGCAGCAGGAAGUACAAUUCUAUGGUUAUCCUCAGGCAGCGGAUACGCAGCGAGCACUCUGUGGUAUCAGUAAGAUCCGAAACGUAUCGGAACGGUGGAACCUGUCUACACUAGAACUGUCGAAGGUUGAGUUCAGUCUCACCCAGCUCGAACACUACAUGACAUCGUGCGUCACACCAACCACGGCCGAUUAUCUGGACGUUUGUGGUCUUCAGGCAGUACAACGGAGCAAUCAAGUCCGGAAAGCAGAUGCCUUACCUCACGUUAUCCCUCCGUACUGUACUCAAAACUAUGCCCAGCCUGGCGAUGUUACCGUGAAACCUGGCACCAUCGGAGAGGUGCGUGAUCUACGGGCAAACACGAACCUAGACCGAACGGUCAUCCUUAGCUGGAGACCACCGCGGGAAGAGCGGGUGUGCGUGAAGGAGUACAUCAUUACCUGGGCCUCCGAGAGUGAGAUUGUCGAUGCCGAACAGACAACGUACACGGUGACAAACCUGGAACCCUGCACAACCUACAACUUUACCGUCAGCGCAAUCGAUCAUAACAAUGCGAAGGGUACACCCAGCUCUAUUGAGGCUCGCGUGCGUGAAAUUGAGCAGCUAUCGGAGGUGGUGGAGCUAGAGCUGUACGAAGUGGAACCCCGGUCACUGUCGGCCAAGUGGAAACCACCGCUCAAUGGGACAAACUGUGUCCAGUCGUAUCGAGUGGCCGCUUGGUAUAAUUCCCCCGAGGAUGCUUCCGUGGUGCUGGUGUUUUCGAACACGACCACCGAUCAGCACGUUACGUUUGGGGAGGCAAUCGCCUGCAUGACCUACAUGGUACAGGUCAUACCGAUCUCGUUCCAGAAUAAGGAUGGCCGGAAUGAGAUCGCUCCGCUGAAGACGAAAGAGCGAACGAUCCUGCCGUACCAUGUGGAACCGAUUCGAGCGAUCGGUGUACGGGCGCGCAGCCUCGAGUUGUCCACGAAGCUGCAGAGUGAUAACAACAACAACUGUCUGCUGGUCAGUGUGCGGUUCAAUUGUACUAUUGUACCAGAAGCCGAAGAUUCCGCUCCCGAGUUACCGGUGAUUAAGGAGUUUGCAAUACCGAGUGGCAACGUGAGCUUUGAAGGUGUUGUCGAACCGCUCGUUCCAUACACCGUCUACCAGUGUAAUGCACAAAUACUGAACAUCGCUGGCUGGUCGGAUCCUACGCCGUCUUAUGAAAUACAAACGGCAGAAGAUGUUCCCGAAAGUCCCCGCCGGGUGCAGCUAAUCGCGGGGAGUGGCUUUAUCGAGAUCACCUGGAUGGCGCCAGCGAUCAAGAAUGGCGUCGUAGUACGCUACCGGAUCCACAUUCGUAUGAUCGGUCCCGAGUAUCCGAUGCCGAAGCUGUGCGAUCAGCUAGAGCAGUACAACGAAACGGUUGAUCUGAGGGAUGAAAUCGAUCCGGAUGAAACGCACCGGAGUUGGGAUGGUGCCGAGUUCCAGUACACCAUAACGCAGCUUGCACCAUACACGCUCUACACCGUGCAGGUAGCGGCGGCCACCGGUGCAGGAGUCGGUGCGUAUUCGGAGCCAUCCGAGAUCAUCACACUUCCGGAUGUACCGAGCGAAGCGCGGAACUUUCGAAUCGAACAGAUUCGAGGCCCUGAACUGGAUCAAGCGUACAGUUCUUCGGUUGAGUUUUCUUGGGAGAUACCGUGCCGAUUGAACGGGAAGCUAAGACGAUUCGAGGGCACACUGGAUGGUGUCCGCGAGACGAGCAACUCGGUGCCACAUGUGCUGCGGUGGGUUGUGGAGGUUGGUGAGGAGGAUGAUCUGUUGGAACCGUUCCGGUACAUCGAGACACGGUUGAAACCGGAGUACAUGUACACCGUCGCCAUGAAUGUAACGGUCGCUGAGGUACCGGAACCGAGCCCAGAUGCUCUGCUUACCUUCGAGUCUCCGGCGGGGAUUCCAACGAUCGAUCAAACCGACGAGUGGUUCAAGGUGGACGUGUUCGAUGCCCCAAACCCAACCAACACCGCACGGAUCGUGCUCGGUAACAUUACCCUCAAGUCAGACAUCGGAAGCAUCCGCUACAUGGCCCUGCUGGUGUCGGAACGCUUUUGCCAGAGUGAUCCGGAACCGCGGACCGAUUUCAUCAACAGCGAAGGGACAACGCAGUGGCCCGAGGUACCCGAUUGGCACCGGGUUAACAAUAUGCGCUGUACGGAGCAGUACCAAACGACACCCAAGUUCUGGAAUCCGCUGCUCCAUCUUUCGCGUGCCAAUGCGAACCCGGUUGAGUUUGUGGUCGGUGAGGAGCGGUGCGAUAAUGGGAAGGAGUACUGCAAUGGACCGUUGAAACCGGGCACAGAGUACGCGCUCGUGGUGAGGAUAUUUUCGCGUACCGGGUUCACCGAUUCGGAGCUACAGUUCUUUCGGACCGAUUCCCUCAUCAUGGUGGGGCUGAUUAUUAGCUCCAUUGUUGCUUGUUGUUUGUUGGCGUUCAUCAGUGGCCUGGUGAUACUGUGGCGUCGACAAAGAUUGUUGUUACCGGCUCAGCUUGCCGGUCGGACACCGAGUGAGGAACCGUCGGACAUUCCGCUGAAAAACUUCCCCAACCAGUACGAUGAGCUGUUCCAGUCGAACCGGGAGAAAGUCUCGAAAGAAUUCCAAACGAUCAACUACUUUUCCGACACGGAGCUGCAGGAGACGGUCAGUUAUCACAGUGCGAGGGAGAAUGAGCGCAAGAACCGGUACGUGAACAUUCUACCGUACGACUCCAACCGUGUACUGCUGGACAGUAACGAGGAGGAGGAUGAGUACGAUGGCCGCAGUGGCACAAACGACUACAUUAACGCCUCGUUCAUCGAGGGUUACAAGUACCAGCGGGAGUACAUUGCGACGCAGGGACCGAAGCUGGAAACGUGCGCUGACUUUUGGCGCAUGGUGAUCCAGUACGAGAUCGAAGCGAUCGUCAUGCUAACGCAGCCGAUUGAUCACGAGAAGAACAAAUGCUGUCAGUACUAUCCGCGGUAUCAGCAGAAGAUCCGCUUAAACGAUAUACGGGUGGAGUGUAAACAAGAGUUGAAGCUGCUGUUCUACCACAAACGUCUCUUCGAAGUUACUCAGGGUAACCUCACGAAGCUGGUCUUCCAUUAUCACUUCCUCGAGUGGCCAGACCACAGCUGUCCGGCCAGUCCGACGGAUUUGGUAAAGUUUACGAAAAUCAUACGGGCGGAGCGGAAAAGCUACGCCAUCCCGCUCGUCGUGCACUGUAGUGCCGGUGUCGGAAGGACUGGGACCUUUAUCGCACUCGACAUCAUCCUUCAGCGGAUGCAGCACGAGAAAAAGAUCAACGUGUACGAUACGGUGAAACAGUUACGGCGGCAACGUGUCAAGAUGGUGCAGACGCUCGAUCAGUACACGUUCCUUUAUCAAUGCUGCCUGGAGCAGGUGUCGAAAAGUAAUCGUAAAAAGCCAAAGUCGAGCUUCAUCGAAAUCGUAGACCGCGAAAGUCAGGGAAAGCAUGCUAGCCCACUUGCUACCGUGAUCGAGGUGGAACAGCCCGGAGUUGCGGUCAGCAGCAGCAAUGGUGGUAAGCCACUGUUUAAUAUCAAGUUCCCGAAAUCCUUUAACGCCGGGCUGGAGAAGGUGACCAGCUUUGCACCGAGUGAUAUGGCAGGGAGUGGAACGUGACGUGCCGUUCGCACAGGUCGCACAGGAAAACUAAUUUAUCUUGUUACCAAAUAGGAAUAGGGGAUUGAUGUUUGAUGUAAUGUUGCUUAGUGUUAAUACAUAGUGAUCUUGUUUCUGCACAGCAA